AUGGCGCAGCAGGUUCGGCCGCCAGGGCCCGGCCUUUGGUACCCGCCGCCCCAGCCCCAGCAAACACAGCUCCAGCAAACACCACCGCCAACUCCGCGGCAGCAGCCGCCGCCGCCGCCUUCGCCGCAGCAGCUGCCUCAACCACGGAUGUCGCUGGGGCCGCAGUGGCAGGCGAUGAAUGGCGCGCCGCCUUCCGUGGGGAUGCAGUCAUCGUACCCGCCUCCGUACAUGCCGUCCCAAGCAAUGUUGCUCCAGGUCAGCAGCAGCAGCAGCAGCAGCAGCAGCAGCCUCCCAUGUUUCCACAGCCGCAGCUCGGUCCACCGUCGGCGUGGGGGAUGCCGCCGUACAUGCAGGGGUACAAUCAGCAGGGUUGCUGUGAGGAAAUGGGUUGUGGCACUCCCGGCCAGCCUGGACUCUGCGGUGGCUGCGGAGCCACGGGUGGCGGCUGUUUCUGCAACGCCGGCCCAAUAG